AGUGGCGCUACACCGUUUCAAGACCUACUCCGGGUUAGCUCGCCGUUGGGGAUACCUGAGCUGCACGCGCAGCUGUCAGGUGGUUGCCUUAGUGAUGGAUGGGGAGACAGAACCGAAUUCUGUUGUGGGAGAAAAGGCAGAGGAGCCGGUGGAGCCCAUGGAUGCCGCUCCUUCCCCCCAGCAGCAGACCUCACCCCCUCCCGAGGAGCCUGGGGAGACGGUUUCCAAAGUGACAGGAGAUGGAACCCCAAAGGAGGGCGACCCCGAGGACAACGAUGAUGAUGUGGUUCUUGUAGGAGAAGAGGCUCCUCAGGCGUCUCCCACACCCUCCCUCCAGGACACGCCCAGCACAGACUGCCUGAAGCCGGCCUCGGAGGCAGCUGAGGACACGGCCACGGCAGAGAUGGUUUCCGAGACCCCCCCUUCCCCCGUGUCUUCCAACGCAUCCACGGUGGCGGCGUCUCAGAAGCCUCCCGCCGCAGCACCAGAGCCCAUCGUGAUCGACGAUGAGGAGGACACUGAGCAGAAAGACGCUUCCCCCUCACCUGCCACCCGAGGAUGCUCCUCUGCGUCCCACUCACCUGCUCCACGCAGCGGCUCUGAGCCAGAUUCAGACAUCAAGAUCGCCAGUGUCACCACUCUAGAUUCCUGCAGCCAGAAGGAGAGCUCCAUGCUGUCUGCAGCAAACACACCUCCACAUCCAGAGGACAACCAGACAGACCUGAACCUGAUGAUAACCUCAGUGACUUCUCUGCAAGGAGGACCAUCUGCCAUCAUAGCGGCAGGUGAAGGCCAGGCAGAGGAAAAUGGUCUGCAAAUCAGCAGCACUUUCAGCCUGAAUCCAGACACCCCGUCUUCUCGACCGACCGCUUCCUUUAACCCAGGGCGGGGCUCAGGCUCCAUCAGCCAGCUUGUUCAGAAUGGAGACUCUGAGACGCACAACAGAACAGAUUUAUGGAUCUCCCAGUCAGCUUCAGUUCCUCGUAACCAAAAGCAGACCGGGGUGGACUCUCCGUCAUCAGCCACUUCACUUCCCAGACCUGCAGGCCAGUCUUCCUCAUCCACUUCCUCAGGCACCCAGUCCCAGCCCAGGACAGUCAAGGUCACCUGUGCCAACUGCAAAAAGCCUCUGAAGAAAGGUCAAACGGCCUACCAGCGGAAAGGCUCCACACACCUGUUCUGCUCCACCACCUGUCUGUCUGCCUUCUCCCACAAACCUGCACCCAAAAAAAGCUGCACCAUGUGCAAAAAGGACAUUACAAACAUGAAGGGUACAAUUGUGGCUCAGGUCGACUCCAGCGAGUCCUUCCAGGAAUUCUGCAGCACUGGUUGCUUAGGUGCAUACGAGAACAAGCAAAACCCUCCUAAGUCAGGCCUCAAAACGAAAUGCACUGUCUGCGGCAAACUCACAGAGAUCCGCCAUGAGGUCAGCUUUAAAACUGUGACCCACAAGAUCUGCAGCGACGCGUGCUUCAACAUCUACCGCAGGGCAAACGGGCUGAUCAUGAACUGCUGCGAACAAUGCGGCGACUACCUGCCCAGCCGGGCGUCCGCCAAUCACUUCCUGCUGGUGGACGGCCAGCAGAAACGCUUUUGCUGCCAGAACUGCAUCAGGGACUUCAAACAGGCUAACAGUUCACUUGCAACCUGCAUGAGUUGUAAAACAUUGAUCAAGACAGGGGAAGUGAUCCAAAGCCUGGGAGGGGCGGGCACCGCGGGUUCCUACUGCUCCGUCAACUGUAUGAACAAAGGCAAGCUGACCUCAACUCCCUUCAUUAACACAGAACCCACAUGUCACUUCUGCAAGAGAAACGCCUUGCCGCAGUACCAGGCCACACUGGCAGAGGGCAGCAUCCUGAACUUCUGCAGCUCUCAGUGUGUCACCAAGUUUCAGAAUGCUACUCAUCAAACGACAACCAAUGGACAGGCGCCACUUUGCACAACAAACAACACCAUCCAGCUGAAAUGUAACUACUGUCGAGGAGCGUUCAACCUAAAGCCAGAAAUUCUGGAGUGGGAGGAUAAGGUCUACCAGUUUUGCAGUAAGACGUGUUGCGAGGACUACAAGAAGCUUCACUGCAUUGUGACAUUUUGUGAGUACUGUCAGGAGGAGAAGACGCUCCACGAGGUUGUCAAGUUCUCUGGGGUCAAGAGACCGUUCUGCAGUGAAGGCUGUAAGCUGCUGUAUAAGCAGGAUUUCAUCAAGCGGCUGGGUCUGAAGUGUGUCAGCUGUAACCACUGCAACCAGCUGUGCAAAAGAGCCGUGACUCGACAGCUUGGAGGCAUGACUCGGGACUUCUGCAGCGAGGCCUGCUCCAAGAAGUUUCACGACUGGUACUUCAAGGCAGCUCGAUGCGACUGCUGUAAGGUACAGGGAAACCUGACCGAGUCUGUGAUGUGGAGGGCAGAGAUGAAGCAUUUCUGUGAUCAAGACUGCUUGUUGAAGUUCUACUGUCAGCAGAACGAGCCCAUCAUGGUCACGCAGAAAGGCCCAGAGAACACCAGUAUAGGAUUAGAAGCACAAGGAGCUAAACUUGGAAAUGUGAACCAGAGUACUGCAGCCUACUCAGGUGGAGGUCUGAUGAGGGAUGUGAAGAACAAGGCAGUUCUCUGCAAGCCGCUCACCCUGACCAAAGCCACCUACUGCAAGCCUCACAUGCAGAGCAAGCUGCUGCAGACGGAUGUAGAUGAUGGUGUUAAAAGAGAGUACAUUCCUGUUCCCAUACCUGUGCCUGUCUUCAUUCCUGUACCCAUGAAUAUGUAUGCCCAGGUCACCCCGGCUCCUGUCUCUCUGCCUGUACCGCUUCCUGUGCCUGUGUUCCUGCCCACCACCUUGCAAGGGGCGGAACAGAUCGUUCAGACCAUCAAAGACAUGAAGAAAGAGGAAUCUUCUGAUCCUGCAGAGGCCAGUUUGUUCUCUGCAGCAGAGAAGAUCACAGAGGAUCAGAAACCAGAUGUGAAACCAGUGAAGAUAAAAAAGGAACGGCAAAGACAGAAAUCCUCCUCCAGCAGCAGCAGCUCUGAGGUAGAGGAAGAGCAGGAGGACGAAAAGUAUGAACCGGACUUGGACUUGGAAGCAGACUUUCCUCAAGCCUCAGAUCCUGUCCCGGUUCUUGAAGGAAUAGAUGAGGAGAUGAGCUUCUCUUUACCUCCCGUCCUGUCAGAUGAGAAAGAAGAGCUUGAAGAAUCCACUCCACGACCACAACCACGAAAACUCGGAAGUAAAAGGCGGGCAAUGGAGGAGAAUUCUGCUUCAUCCACCUCUUCCAGUCCAAAUAACAAACCCUCUAAAGGACAUUCAUUGCCUCUGAAAGCUCGCUAUGGCGUCAAUGCUUGGAAACGCUGGGCAUUGUCUUUUACUGACAAAUCUGAAGACACCAAAGCAACAGAAAACACCAAACCUGUACGACCUAAAAGUAAUCUUCUGACUCUGAGUUCAGAAGAGUUGAAUGCAGCUCUGUCCAAAUUUGUCAAGGAGGUCUGCAGGCCCAACGGGGAACGCUACUCUCCAGACAGUAUCCUCUACCUCUGCUUGGGGAUCCAGCAGCACCUUUACGCCAAAGGACGCAGACUCGACCUGUUCAGUGAUCCAAGCUUCCAGCAGUUCGGAGAGGAGCUGAACAAAGUCCUGAAAGACUGGCAGCCCAGCGUGCUUCCUGAUGGCUCACUAUGGGGUCGAGUGGAGGAGCAAAGUCUGUGGAGCAGUCAGCAUCUGGGGGAGCAGAGUCCCGCCGCCCUGUUGCGCUCCCUGGUUUACCUGAACACCAAAUACUUCGGCUUGCGCACGGUGGAACAGCAUCUACGCCUCUCCUUCGCCAACGUCUACGGCCCUGACACGGUCCAUCCUGUUACCAAGGAGAACACGGUCUGCAUCCGCGUGCCCUCCAUCAGUCAGGACCACAAUGUGGAAACCGAGUCCGGGAAGAGGAAGCGCAGCCUACAGGAUGGCGAGCAGGAGGACGAGGACUCGGGCGGUUCCUCAGUACGGUGUCCCGUAAAGAAACACGAGUGUCGUCUCUAUGAGAUCUACAGAUCCAAAUGUCCACCGUCAUUGUGGGAGCAUCACGGUGUCUUCUACAUGCAGCCGGACGCAGCCUGCGGCCCAGAGACUCCGUUGUGGUUCACCUCUGCACCUCUGGAGAGACGGAUCCUGGAGAGCCUCCUCACUCGAGUGCUUCUGGCCCGGGACAUUUACACAGACAAGGAACACUUGGAAGAGGAGGAGCAGGGAGAUCAGGGGGAGGAGGUUGGAGCGGAGUAGCAGAACCCGAAGAAAAUGUGUCAUCAAACAUGUUUCUGUUGCCGAUCUUUGUCUCCUUUAGACGUCUCAUGAAAGAAUGUUCACAGCGUGGUGGAUGAUGACGUUCUGCUUCUGGAUGGAGGUCAGACAGGCACAAAUCCUCUAUUAUGAGUUACAGGAGGAGAUGAGGCUGCAACAUUUGCUGCUGGAGAUGAGAGGUUUAGGAAAAUCCCAACAAACCUUCAUAGAAACAUUAGGUUUCCUUUGUAAAACCAGCUGUAUGUUGAAACUCAUCAAUCAUUUAGUCUUUCAGCUUUUAAUAAACGAUAGCUGUCAGGAUUUAAUUGAUUACAUAAUACAUUUUUCAUUCAGAAACCUUUAAAUUCCACUGACAUGAAAGUAUGUUAGGUUUUGGUGUUAGUGAAUUAAAAAUAGUCUUUUUGGUUUAAAAAAACAGUCUGCAAUAGUUUGUCAGCAAAACCAAAGGUGCUUUACGGAUAAUUCUGCUCCGACAUGCUAACAGGAGACAAAGUAAUGGGCCUGGAGCGUAAAGCCUUCAUGUUCUACAGAUUCAAACUUUGCUUUGGAAAUGCUUCAAAUCAGAGUUUUCAUCAGUUUAAAACGAAUUAAUCUCCCCUCCGUUCAGUCUUUAACUGCGUCACAUUUCUCUAGUGUCAUUAAACCUCAUGGACGUCCCACUGUGGCUUCAUGAGCGGCGCUGCUGCCCCUGUCCCGCCCCCUGCUCUUCCUCUGCUGCUCUCAGGCUAACACGUUGCUCCAGUCAGGCCUGCGUCCUGCAGGAGAAGGUUGCCUAUCUACAUGCUGCGUUUCUUUGCAGGCCCCGUUCCUGCGAUGUAGCAUUACCAGCGUACUAAGCCCAGAUUGGGUUCUUCUUUCCUUGUGUAAAUAUGUUAGAAAGGGGGAGGAGUCAACAAAGGAGCGGUGUAGUUUUGAAUAAAUAAAACCUUAGUUUGCAAACGUAACUGUUGCAGAGCUUUUUCUUAACAUUAUUUAUUUGCUUUUAGUUUUUUUUUAAUGGUUGUAUUUUUGUAAGCAGUUUUCUUCCCCCUUUAUAUGAGCGAAGAUCCCGUUAAUUAUGAAGGAUUAUUCCAAAUUAAAGAACUAGCUUAAAGACUUAAACAUUUGGCAGUUUUUGUAGUUUCAGUUGAAAGUUAGAUUUUUUUUAGAAUCAUUUUUGUUAAACUAUCCUCAUCUUUUUUUUUUAGUCUUCCUUUGCUUCAUAUAAAAUGUUGUCAUGUCUUUAUUAUUUUCCCUCUUUUUGAAUGAUGUGACUUGUGCACCUGGUUAUUUACAAACUCCUCCCUAAAUGACCCCCCUCAUGAGUUCAUCUUCUGCGACCUCUCCUCCACCUCUGAACCGUGCUUCUCCCUGAACCUGCCGUGGACAUAGGAGGAUGGCAUGGACACUACGGAUCAGGAGUUCUGAUCAACUCGCGGCUAGACUGACCCUAGGUCAGAGGGCGCUGGGUUACCAAACCGGCUCCCUCUGCUGGACUGAGAGGCGGCUCCAGCAGACGCUGCGGCUGGCUUUAACGCCUAAUGUGAAUGUGCCUACCUGUAAAUACUGAAAGUGAGUGAUUGUGACUUGAAUCUGAACUGUGGGCUCUUCUGCUGAUGUGGUUGUGUUUAAUAAAUGACUUUGUUUUCUAA